ACUGCUUGCUGCCUUACUCUGGGAGAGCUUCAUGUGACUUUCAGAGUUUUGCUUUCUCUGCAUAUAUUUAUACCCAACAUGAUCAGUUGCUUCCUAGCUUCACCCCCCAAACUCCCAACUGUGUAUGCUUUCAAGCCCUCUGUUCAUCUCUCUCAACUAUGAAGCGCAGCCUGCAUUUCAAUGCUCUUCUCCUCUUCCUGCUGAUACUUAUUUCCAUCUCAAAAAUAUCAGCCCGUUCCAUAGCAACCCAGAAAGGACAGGAGAAAGUGAAGCUCAACGAAAUCAGUACUUCUGGAGGUCCUGAUCUUGUAAAGUUGGAAAGCAGUGAAUCCAUGAAUCUCAUGGGAGUGGAGGAUUGUAACGAAGGAGAUGAAGAAUGCUUUCAGAGAAGGAUAGUUUCAGAGGCUCACUUGGACUACAUCUACACCCAGCACCACAAGCCUUGAGACUCCUACAAAAAACAUAGAGUUCCAUAACUAUUUAUUCACGUCAGCCCUUUUCUCAAUAUUUCAGGAUAUGAUGUGUUUCCAGGAUGUAAUAUUUCAUAUAUAUUUAUAUAUAGAGAGAGCUUAUAACUUGAAUGGGUUUGAGAUUGUAAUUUCUCUACAAUACAAUGCAAGUGUCACAUAUAUGUUUCUCA